GUGCACGUAUGUCAGAGGGACUAUGGUGGAGGGCUGGUGAAGAUGAUGGCAGCUCUCUGCGAGGAUGGCACAUAUGGACUCAACUGUGGCCGCAGGAGCGACAAAAUCUCAGUUUUGCAUGUCAAAUUGACAGACUCAGCUUUUAAAGCGCUAGAAAACUACCAAAACUGUAAGAAUGCACCGUCCUCACAGGCUUCAAUACAUUUCCAAGGUCUUCAAGGGCGCAUUAAAAUUCCUAAAACGGAUGCUUCUGAUGGGUCUCAUAACUUUGACUUUUAUCUGUCCAACUUUGGCAAAGACAAUCCUCAAGGGAGCUUUGAGUGUCUCCACCAAUACACAUCUAGCUCUGGGGUCCCCAACUUGUCUUCCCUGGGAACAGUUCAGGAAAAAAUCACAGUAUGUGCCACUAAUGAUUCCUACCAGAUGACCAAAGAGCGGAUGAACCAGGCAGAAGAGGAUACACGCAAGAUCAGCACCAAAUUCCUUAAACCAAUCAGAGUCCACGGUCGCAAGCCGGCCCCUUCAGCCCCUGACCCGGUUCCCGAGAGGAAGCAGACCACCCCCAUCAACCCAGCAAAUACGAUCCGCAAGUGCCUUACCAACAACCCUGUGUCCCAGCGGCCGUACAGAGACCGUGUGAUUCACCUCCUGGCUCUGCGCUCCUACAAGAAACUGGAGUUGCUGGCCAGACUGCAACGAGACGGCAUCAGCCAGAAAGACCGCAACUCUCUGGGCACUAUACUACAUCAGGUUGCCAAUCUGAAUCCUAAGGAUAACUCGUAUUCACUGAAGGACUUUGUCUUCCGUGAGGUCCAGAGGGACUGGCCAGGCUACACUGAGGAUGAUCGCAUUCAGAUUGACAGGAUUCUGGCACGUAAAUUGGGCUUGAACUCUGAGUCUGUCUCAUCCAGCAGUCCAACCAAAGAGCCUACGUCCCCACUGAAGCUCCAACCUGAGACUGACUUCAUUGAUCCUCUGAUGUCUAAGAAGCCACGAAUCUCCCACCUCAGCAAUCGAGGACCGCCUGCCUCAUCAGGCCGACAUCCUUCGGAGACCGAGGACAAAAAACCUGCACCCCCGGUCACGGCUGCCUGCCCGGGGCCCUCUUUCCAUCCACCCCCUGCCUCAGGCUCCAGGUCAAACUCCCCGAGCACACCGGAGGGAAGGGGCUCUCAGAAUCUGCCCCUAGACCAGAGCUCUAUAUGUGGGACCUCCUCUGAGAACUAUGCCCCCUGCAGCCACACACCCAGCCCGCCCAGUCAGCCUGUUCCCACAACUUCCCCCUCAUCCUUCUCUACCUGUACCGUCUCGACAACCACCAUCACCUCCACCACUACCACCAGCAGUGGCCUCCACAUUUCUUCUGCCACAUCUCCUACUGCCGGCCACGAUGGCAGCAAAAAGCCCAAGAAGUCGAAGAAGCACAAAGAUAAAGAGAGGAACAGAGAAGGUGAGCGAGAGAGGGAAAAGGAACGCAAGAGGGAAAGAGAGCCCCGCAAGGAGGAUCACAGCGAUAAGGAAGUGCAGCCCAGGAAGAAACACCGCAAUGAUGCAGAACAAAGACACAUUCCUUCCAAGAUCAGCCUCGAAUCGGACAGAGAAGCUGGCAAAGAGAAGCCUGUCCAUACCACUGAACUUCCUGUCCCAACGAAGUCUGAUUAUAUAGUUAAGUACACUGCUGUGAUAUCUAUGGAUCAGAGGCAGCGCUAUAAGGACGAUUUCAACGCAGAGUAUGAUGAGUAUCGUGGCCUUCAUGCUCGUGUUGAGAAUGUUACACGGCGCUUUACGAAACUGGAUGCCCAAUGUAAACGGCUAGCACCAGGAACCAAGGAAUACCAAGAGGUACAUGAACAGGUGCUGCAAGAAUACAAGAAAAUUAAACAACACAGCCCGAACUACUACGAAGAGAAGCAACGCUGCGAGUACCUGCACAACAAACUGGCCCACAUCAAACGGCUCAUUGCCGACUUCGACCAGCGGAAGGCGCAGUCCUGGUUGUAGGAUGUGGAAACAAGCAACCCCUCAGCCAAUCAGAGCGCUCCUUAGGACCAUCUUUAGGGGAGUUUGGGGAUCAAACAGCUCCUUAUUUAUUCUCAUUAUAGAUUCCUUGCUCCCCUUUUCCAAUACCUGGCCUUCUUUAUAUGUCUAUUUCUUCCUUUCCCAUCCCUUCAUUCCAAGCACCAUUUCUCCUGAACAACAUUUAAUUUUUUUAUUUUUUUUUGGCAGAGAAGAGGAAAUCACUCUUCUGUCUAGUGAUGUCACGUGUUCAGGGUUGUAGCGCUCGUUUCUUUCUUUCUUUUUGAAGGACUUGGAGAAAAAGAAAUUAAACGUUUUUGAAAGCAAAAAGAAAACUCAUUUAGUUAUGCAAUGCAAAACCAUGGGCCUUACAGCGCAUUUUUCUUGAAGCCUUUUGCACAGGGGUGAUUGAGCCAGUAUAUGUGAAAAUGUGGCCAUAAAAAGGGUGUAUCCAAAGCCUUGAGACUUCCUUUUCUCCCGGGCCCCUUAUUUUAAACAGCUUCAGUAUUCACACCCACAGUGCAAAUGAUGCCUUACGGUAUUAAUACAGACAUAUCGAUGUGGAGUCCGUGAGACUUUCAAGCAACCAGGCCAAUGGGGAGAAAUUAUGACCUGAUCGCAGGUCCAGUGCACAUUCAUGGAAGGUGUGCGCGAUAUUUGUGUGUGUGAGCGCGUUGAAUGAAAGGAUCAAGAAAGCGAUGAGUGAAAAUUGUCAGUGUUUUUUGUUAAUUUUUUGGGAAGGAUUGGGUCAAAAAGGACUAAAAGAGCAACAUUUGGGGAAGAGGGUUGGAUAUAGAUGUCUAUAAAAGAGGAAAAAAAGCAGAAAAUGAAAAUCCCCCCCCAAAAAAUAGCUGCUAUAUAUUCUUUCUUUGAACAGCCAGAGCCUUUGGGAUCAGCCUGGCUUGUGUUACAUGUUACUAAUUGGGCCUGCUCUGUGACAAUGAUCGAACCAUCGAAGAAAAAGGUGCUACUGAUUAAUAAGGAAAUGCAUCAAGCAGAGACAGACCUGUAUAUUCAUUUCAAAUGUAUUCAUUCAUUAUUACGAGUCUCAGAGCAGAGUUAUUUAUGAAAAGAAUAGCAAUAUAUAUAUAUUUUUUUUUUUUUUUUUUUUGGUUCUGAAUUAAAAGGAAUUGCUGGAAUUUUCUUUAAAAUGAGAGUAUUGAAGAUGAAACUGAUAUACAAAUAUAUGUAAAAGUGUAAGUCUUUAUUUCACAUUAUCAGUAGUGAAGAGCUACUUAAUGAUUAAGGGAAACAUUAUGUUUACAAAAGCCUGCGUGGUAGGACAUUUUGCCAAAUAGAGAAAAAACGAAACCAAUGCUUUCAAUCUUAUUUUGAUGGUAUGGAAUAAAACACGUUUCUCUGAGCGCAAUAAUGACAGCAUGGUAUCUAUAAAGAACUACUUUUGGAGUGUGGUUGAACACUUACAGCGUCCUCAUUUGUUAUUUAAAUCUUAUAAUUGGGAGGAAAAGAUCCAGAAUUUAUGUCAUACAAAUAUGUAAAUUCUCCAUUGCGGAUUCUGAUUGGCUAGUUAUUUCAUGAGGCUUGCUGCAUUAUAAAGAUGUCAUUUAGACAGCAUCUAAAAACUGAAAAAUUAACUUGCAUCUAUUCAUUUAAGGAUCCCAAUUAUUCAAUUUGCUAAAAGCAGUGAGGUGUUCUCUUUGUUGUUGUUUUUUUUUUUUUGUGUUAUAAAUUCAACAUAACCCUAAAUGAGCCAUUCUCGAAAUAACCAAUGACAAAUGUUUAUUUUCUGUAUUUGGGUCAGCAGAUGGGAUCUUAUCUGCUUUCUUUAAGGGCUUACGUGUCAUCAAAUUCGCCAAGAUGAUGGAUUGAUCACCAAUAAUGGAUGGCAACCAAAUACAUGUCAUGGUUAUUUAACAUAGAACUUUAGCAGCACUUUACUUGCAGACACUUUUCCCAGCAUUUCUCAGUCUUUGUGCAGUUUGUCCAGAGAUAAGUUGAUGGGAAGCUCUGGGAUCAAAUGGCCUUCAUUGUGAUCCCUAAAGAUUUGGGAUGACACUGUAUGAGUUGCUUGGAAGAGAGAAUGUGUGUAUAUACGCAUACAAAACCCUGCUUCAUUUUAAUGUGGGUUGAGUUGGGUGGGGAAGUAACGUUUUGUCAUUUGUUGAUGUGUGACCAACACCCAACCCCCCAUUUUUUUUUUUUUGGAUGAUACUAUUUAUGCCUCAUACACCACUAACGAGAGAUGUCAAUGUUGAAUAAUAAGCCAAGAAUCUCAACGCUGUCAUCUCAUGUUUUAAAGGUGGGAUGGGGGUUGUUUCAGACUGUAAAAGGAUUCCUGACCUGUCCAACUGAAAAUGUAUUAAAUCAGUUCAAUAAAAUGUGAACUUGAACAUGAAUCCCUCUGCCUACUUUUCAUUUCUAAUGAACCGUUAUUUCCAUCUGUUCUCGAUACUUGCUGUGUACAGUACUGCGCAAAAGAUUUAGGCAUCUGUAAAAAAACAUUCAAAGUGAGGAUUUCUUAAAUUAUGACAUCAUUUUCAUUAAUCAGUUAACAUCAUACAAAGGCCAGUAAACAGAAAAGCAGCUAAAUCAAAAUUUGGUGUGAACACUUUGCUUUCAAAACCACACCAAUUCUCCUAUUUACACCAGGACACUGUUUUUCUUGGUUGUUGGCAGAUGGGAUGUUCCAAGCUUCUUGGAGAAUUCGCCACAGUUCUUUUAUUUAUUUAGGCUGUCUCAGUUACUUCUGUCUUUUCAUGUAAUCCCAGGCUGACACAAUGAUGUUGAGAUUCAGGCUCUGUGAGGGCUAUGCCAUCUGUUGCAGGGCUCCCUGUUCUUCUAUUCUAUUUGCAAAAGUAAUGUUUGGAAGUCUAAAAUGUAUAUUUCCUAUUGACACUCAAAAGU